GGAGGCUGGCUGGACCGUAGUAGAAGGAUUGGCACACCUAACAGGUAGCUGACGCCGUCACAUCGAUCCUUCGCGUUUGAUCAAGAGGUGUUUCAUAUUGAAAAGAGUCCGUUUUCACCAGGUUACCGCACCAGAUCCUGCCAUGGGGGUCGCUGCCCUUUUUCUGUUCAGCAGUCUUUGCUUAUUUGCCAUCACUGCCCAAGCUCAACAAUGUUCUAAACCCUCCGGAGGACCCAACAUGGAUUUGAAACCCGAAUACAUUCUCAACACAACAUUUGAAGAUGGAGCCACUGUUGCAUUUUCCUGUAAUCCUGGCUACACACCCGCUGGAGGAUCUCCAACCAUCACAUGCACUGCUGGCCUGUGGAGUGAAGUGCUGCUGAGAUGCGAGAGGAAGAACUGUGGCGCUCUUGAAGAAGUGGCUAACGGUGAAAUUACCUACAUAAAUGGGACGGAGUUUGGUGAUACAGCUAAGGUCACAUGUAAACGGGGUUACAAUCCAGUCGGGGGAUCAGCAGUAAUGAGAUGCGACGUCGAGGGAUGGAUGGGCAGGUUGCCAACCUGUGAAGUGGUGAAGUGUGUCCCACCAGGAGGGAUUUUAAAUGGCACAUUCAGUCCAGUGAAGGAGUUCUAUGAAUACAGAGAGGUUGUGCAAUACUCCUGCAGCAAAGACUUGGAACUUAAUGGAUCAAGAGAAUUAAUCUGCUCUGAGGACGGGAAUUUCUCCCCUGCUCCUCCAACCUGUGUCUGGGUUGAGUGUAAAGAUCCUGUGAUUGAAAAUGCUGAAUUGCAGAGCGGUUCUCGGCCUCCACACAGACUCAAUGCUGCGCUGAUAUACAUCUGUAAGCCUGGAUACGCAAUGGAAGGACCGUCUACCGUGACGUGCAACUUAAACAGUCAGUGGUCCCCAUCGUUACCAAAAUGCAAUACUCAACAAUGUUCUAAACCUUCCGGAGGACCCAACAUGGAUUUAAAACCUGCAUACAUUCUCAACACAACAUUUGAAGAUGGAGCCACUGUUGCUUUUUCCUGUAAUCCUGGCUACACACCUGCUGGGGGAUCUUCAAAGAUCACAUGCACUGCUGGCCAGUGGAGUGCUGUGCGGCUGAGAUGCGAGAGGAAGACCUGUGGCGCUCUUACAGAAGUGACUAACGGUGAAAUUAUAUAUACAGACGGGAAUGAGUUUGGUGAUACGGCUAGGGUUCAGUGUAAACCAGGCUACAUUCCGGUCGGGGGAUCUGCAGUACUCAGAUGUGAGGUCGAGGGAUGGACGGGCAGGCCGCAAACUUGUGAAGUUUUGCAGUGUGCCACACCAGGAAGGAUUGUAAAUGGCACCUUCAGUCAAAUGAAGGAUUCCUAUGAUUACAGAGAAGUUGUGCGAUACUCCUGCAACAAAGACUUGGUACUUAAUGGAUCAAGAGAAUUAACCUGCUCUGAAGACGGGAAAUUCUCCCCUGCCCCUCCAACCUGUGUCUCUCAACAAUGUUCUAAACCCUCCGGAGGACCCAACAUGAAUUUGAAACCUGCAUACAUUCUCAACACAGCAUUUGAAGAUGGAGCCACUGUUGCAUUUUCCUGUAAUCCUGGCUACACACCUGCUGGAGGAUCUACAACCAUCACAUGCACUGCUGGCCAGUGGAGUGCUGUGCGGCUGAGAUGCGAGAGAAGGAACUGUGGCGCUCUUCCAGAAAUGUAUAAUGGUGAAGUUGUAUAUAUAAAUGGGACAGAGUUUGGUGAUACGGCUAAGGUUCAGUGUAAAAAGGGUUAUAAUCCAGUCGGGGGAUCAGCAGUAGUCAGAUGUGAGGUCGAGGGAUGGUCGAGCAGGCUGCCAACUUGUGAAGUGGUGAAGUGUGUCACACCAGGAGGGAUUGUAAAUGGUGCAGUGAAGGAGUUCUAUGAUUACAAAGAGGUUGUGCAAUACCCCUGCAGAAAUAACGUGGGACUUAUUAGAUCAAUAGAAUUAACCUGCUCUGAAGACGGGAAUUUCUCCCCUGCCCCUCCAAACUGUGUCGCUCAACAAUGUUCUAAACCCUCCGGAGGACCCAACAUGAAUUUGAAACCUGCAUACAUUCUCAACACAGCAUUUGAAGAUGGAGCCACUGUUGCAUUUUCCUGUAAUCCUGGCUACACACCUGCUGGAGGAUCUUCAAAGAUCACAUGCACUGCUGGCCUGUGGAGUGCUGUGCGGCUGAGAUGCGAGAGAAGGAACUGUGGCGCUCUUCAAGUGUAUAAUGGUGAAGUUGUAUAUAUAAAUGGGACUGAGUUUGGUGAUACGGCUAAGGUUCAGUGUAAAAAGGGUUAUAAUCCAGUCGGGGGAUCAGCAGUAGUCAGAUGUGAGGUCAAGGGAUGGUCGAGCAGGCUGCCAACUUGUGAAGUGGUGAAGUGUGUCAUCCAAGGAGGGAUUGUAAAUGGUCCAGUGAAGGAGUUCUAUGAUUACAGAGAUGUUGUGCAAUACCCCUGCAGAAAUAACGUGGGACUUAUUAGAUCAAUAGAAUUAACCUGCUCUGAAGACGGGAAUUUCUCCCCUGCCCCUCCAAACUGUGUCGGGGUUGAGUGUAAAGAUCCUGUGAUUGAAAAUGGUCAGUACAAGAGCGGUUCUCGGCCUCCACACAGACACAAUGCUAAGGUGACAUACGGCUGUAAACCUGGAUACACAAUGGAAGGACCGUCUACCGUGACGUGCAACUUAAACAGUCAGUGGUCCCCAUCGUUACCAAAAUGCAAUAAAAACCCAACAUCUACCACCACGACUGUCAGCAGUACUGCUGCCACCACUACAACAACACCCUCAGAAAACCCAACAUCUACCACCACGACUGUCAGCAGUACUACUGCCACUACCACAACUGUCAGCAGUACUGCUGCCACCACCACAACAACACCCUCAGGCCACGGGGAUUCCCUUUCACCAGCGAUUAUUGCUCUGAUCGUUAUAGCUAUCAUCAUCCCCUUCUGUGCCGUCUGUGUAUACAUCUACAGAAAGAAAUGCUCUCGGAGAAGCAGUACUGUCAAAGAGGCUGCAAGAGAUGGCGAGGAUGUAGCACUCUCGUAAGCAAGAUGGUCCUGUUGAUGCAAAACUCCAGCAUGUAAAAGUGCCGUCUGGAGAAGAGGAUUCCUCCCUGGCCCACUCAGAGAAUGUACUUGCCUCCAAAUAAACCCCCCCUAUGGAUA